GCCAAACGCAAACAGCAAACUGGGAAUACUAGUCAGCACCACCGCAUAACCAGUUCAACACAUUAACCAAUGGAGGACUCCAGCAACAAGUUCAUUCCCGAGUACCGCCGCACGAAUUUCAAGAACAAGGGCCGGUUCCAGUCGGACGAGUUGAGGCGCCGGCGCGAGACCCACCAGGUGGAUUUGCGUAAGCAGAAACGAGAGGAGGUUUUGGCCAAACGCCGGAACUACACCGACAACGGCCUGUUGGCCAACGACUCCGAAGAAGAAGAUGACAUUGACGAUUUCGGGCUCUCGCUGUCGCACGAGGAGCUGAUGUUCUACGGCAAGUUGCAGCAGGACUUGCCCAAAAUGAUGGAGAUGAUCCAGCUGGCCGACUUUGACAACCGCUUGAAUGCCACGGUCAAGUUCAGACAGGUCUUGAGCAAAGAGCACAACCCGCCCAUCAACUUGGUGAUCGAGCUGGGCGUGAUCCCCACGCUCGUGGAGUUCAUGAAGGAGGGCAAUCCCGACAUGUUGCAGCUAGAGGCCGCGUGGGCCUUGACCAACAUUGCGUCCGGCACGUCCAGCCAGACGCGCGUGGUGGUCAACUCCGGCGCCGUACCGCACUUUGUGGACUUGUUGUACUCGCAGUCCUUGGAGGUCAAGGAGCAGGCGAUCUGGGCGUUGGGAAACGUGGCCGGCGAUUGCACUGACUACCGUGACUACGUGUUGGAGAAGGGCGCGAUGGAGCCCGUGUUGUCUUUGUUCAACACCACCAAGCUCUCGUUGAUCCGCACUGCCACCUGGACCUUGUCCAACUUGUGCAGGGGCAAGAAUCCGCAGCCCGAUUGGAACCUUGUGCAACAGGCCAUCCCCACUUUGGCCAAGUUGAUCUACUCCGUGGACGCCGAGACCUUGGUGGACGCCGCGUGGGCCGUGUCCUACCUCAGCGACGGGCCCUCCGAGGCUAUCCAGGCCGUCAUCGACGCGCGCAUCCCCCACCGCUUGGUGGAGUUGUUGGACCACGAGUCUACCUUGGUGCAGACGCCCACGUUGCGUGCCAUCGGCAACAUCGUCACGGGCACGGACGCGCAGACGCAGGUUAUGAUCAACGCCGGAGUCUUGCUGCACUUGGCGCCCUUGUUGAACUCUCCCAAGGAAACGCUCCGCAAGGAGGCCUGCUGGACCAUCUCCAACAUCACUGCGGGUAACGCCGAGCAGAUCCAAGCGGUUAUCGAUGCCAACUUGAUCCCUCCCAUCAUCCGCUUGUUGGCCGUCGGCGACUACCAGACGAAGAAGGAGGCUUGCUGGGCCAUUUCCAACGCCAGCUCGGGUGGCUUGGCCAACCCCAACCAGAUCCGCUACUUGGUAUCGCAGGGCUGCAUAAAGCCUUUGUGCGACUUGUUGGGUGUUGCCGACCUGAAGAUCGUCGAGGUCACCUUGGACUCCUUGGUCAACAUCUUGAAGAUUGGUGAUUUGGAUAAGGAUCAAAGACAGUCCACCACCAACGAAUACGCUGUGUUCAUCGAGGAAGCAGGCGGUAUGGAGAAGAUAUUCAAUUGCCAAGCAGACGCCAACGAGAGCAUUUACAACAAGGCGUACCAGAUCAUCGAGAAGUACUUUGGCGCUGACGAGGAUGACGCUUUCAACGAAGAUGGCUUACAGCCCGAGGCUUACGGAGACUCCUACGCAUUUGGUGUCUCAAACAACCAGAAUUUCCAGUUCUAAAACCUUUAUACCAACCACAAUGUCUCAUUUAUGAUGUGUGAAUGGUGCUUUGUUUGCAUUGUUAACAGCUUUGUAUCUAUCGGAACUGGGGAAAAUCAACUUCUGAGUUGCUCUCAAACCAGCCUCAUCUACGAAACACAUAUCCGCGACGUUGGCAGCUAUUCUUGCUUGCGUUUGCGAGAGCGAACACAUGCCCUUUUACUAUUCGAAACCUCAAUUUCUCAUCUUCUCGGAAUAAUCGUUCCCCUGCGAGCGCUCGGC